AUGUCGGACGAAAGCUUGAUAACAGCUGUGAGCGAGUGUCCGGUCCUGUACGACCUCACGUUGAAGGCCUACCACGACCUAACAAAACGCAACCAGGCCUGGCGAGACAUUUCAUCUAUGCUGGGCGUUACAGCUGAAGUGUCCCGCAAGAAAUGGCAGUACUUGCGGGAUAAAUAUUUGAGGGAGAGGAAGGCAGAGAGGGACAGGAAGAAAAGUGGGGCCGGUGCCACCUCUUUCAAGAGGUGGAAGUAUAUGGCGAUCAUGGGCUUCCUGGAGCGCCAUGUGAAGGAGAGGGUAUCGUCUAGUAAUAUGGAGCAGGGAGAUUAUAGCCGGCAGGAAAUAGCACCGGAGAUCUUGGCCCUGCUAGCGCCCAGUAUGUCUCCCCAACGAGAGGUGGUGGCUCAAAGUGAAGAGGAGAUAUCUCCUCCCUCUCCCAGCCUAUCAGAGUCCGCUGUGGACACCUCUCCUCCAUCUCCUCCCACUACCUCUACGGUCACACCGCUGCGUCCUGUACCUCCACCACCACGCAGGAGACAGCUGGAGCAGCCGCUGUCUGUGUUCCAGCAAUCAAUCCUGUCCUCCAUCCAGAAAGAAAAGGAGAAUACAAUGGCUGUGGACGAGGAUGAGCAUUUUAUGCUCAGCCUCGUCCCAUCAUUGAGGAGGCUGUCGAACCAAAAAAGGGCCCAGGCGCGCAUGAGGAUGCAGCAGGUCCUUUAUGAUGUGGAGUUUGGAGAGUAA